UGCAGCUGCUUGGUGUCCGGCUAGGGACUCGUGAGGCCUCCGCAGUGCCAGGAGCUGGAUGCCGAGCCGACCUACGCGUCUCCAGUCUUGUCUUCGGAGACUGCAGGCAGACUACUGCCCUCCAGGACCAUGGGUGUCGCUGGGCCCAGUGGGGACCCUGCCUGGCUCCAGUGCUCAGUCUAAGCACGGGAGCCUCUUCCAGCCCCUCUCGCUGCUGCCCGCCAUGGCCGCGCUCGGCUGCUGCUCGCCUGCCUGGGGACACGGGGCACCCAUCCCCAGCCCUGACCAGUUAAGCCAGGUCCUUGGGCUCCAUUCCACAGGGGCGCUUUGGGCACCUGGCCCCUUUCAGAGCAAGAGCAACUGAUGCCCCGGGAGAAGCCCUGGUGCACCUGUCCAUUCGCCUGGCGCUGCCCACUCUGAGACCUGUGCACUGAGUCCUCCUGGAGGUGCCAGUCCUGUGACCCCCCUCCCGUCCCCCAUGAGAGAAGGCCCUGCCCACCCCCACCAUGUGUGAGGUGAUGCCCACAAUCAACGAGGGGGACCCUCUGGGGCCCCCACACAGCGCCGAUACAGACGCCAACUUUGAGCAGCUGAUGGUGAACAUGCUGGAUGAGCGGGAGAAGCUGCUGGAGUCCCUCCGAGAGAGUCAGGAGACCUUGGUGGCUACGCAGGGCCAGCUCCAGGAUGCUCUUCAUGAGCGUGACCAGCUGCAGCGCCACCUGAACUCUGCCCUUCCCCAGGAAUUUGCCACCCUGACCCGGGAGCUGAGCCUGUGUCGGGAGCAGCUUCUAGAGCGAGAGGAAGAGAUAUCGGAGCUGAAAGCAGAGCGGAACAACACGAGGCUGCUCCUGGAGCACCUGGAGUGCCUGGUGUCCCGCCACGAGCGCUCGCUGCGUAUGACUGUGGUGAAACGCCAGGCCCAGUCACCGUCAGGGGUCUCCAGUGAGGUGGAGGUUCUGAAGGCCCUCAAGUCUCUGUUUGAGCACCACAAGGCCCUGGACGAGAAGGUGCGAGAGCGGCUGCGGGCGGCCCUGCAGCGAGUCUCUACCUUGGAGGAGCAGCUGGCAGGUGCCCACCAGCAGGUGUCUGCCCUGCAGCAGGUGGCAGGAGUUCGGGAUGGAGCGGCAGAGGAAGAGGGGUCUGUGGACCUGGGAUUGAAGCGCCUGUGGAAGGAUGAUGUGGUUCGGCUGGAGGAGCUGCAGGAGCUGCUGGAGAAGCAAAACCUGGAGCUGGGCCAGGCCCGGGAGCGGCUGGCCACCCUGACUGCAGCAGUGGCCGAGCUGGAGCAGGACCUGGGCACAGCCCGCCGGGACCUCAUCAAGUCGGAGGAGCGGAGCAGCAAGCAUCAGCGGGACCUGCGGGAGGCUCUGGCCCAGAAGGAGGACAUGGAGGAGCGAAUCGCCACGCUGGAGAAGCGCUACCUGGCUGCUCAGCGUGAGGCCACAUCCAUUCAUGACCUCAACGACAAACUGGAGAACGAGCUGGCCAACAAGGAGUCCCUGCACCGCCAGUGUGAGGAGAAGGCGCGACACCUGCAGGAGCUGCUGGACACGGCCGAGCAGAAGCUGCAGCAGACCCUGCGGAGGGCAGAGACGCUGCCGGAGGUGGAGGCUGAGCUGGCUCAGAGGAUUGCGGCCCUCACCAAGGCCGAGGAACGGCACGGCAACAUCGAGGAGCACCUGCGGCAGCUGGAGGGCCAGCUGGAGGAGAAGAACCAGGAGCUGGCAAGGGUGCGCCAGCGGGAGAAGAUGAACGAGGACCACAACAAGAGGCUGUCAGACACCGUGGACAGGCUGCUGAGCGAGUCCAACGAGCGCCUGCAGCUCCACCUCAAGGAGCGCAUGGCGGCCCUGGAGGAGAAGAACUCACUGAUGCAGGAGCUGGAGAGCUCCCAGCGGCAGAUCGAGGAGCAGCAGAACCACAAGGGCCGCCUGUCCGAGGAGAUUGAGAAGCUGCGCCAGGAGGUGGACCAGCUGAAGGGUCGCGGGGGGCCGUUCGUGGAUGGUGUCCACCUCAGGUCACACACGGGCAGCGCUGUGGACCUGCGGUUCUCCCUGAGCACAGUGCCCCCGGGCCUGCGGCGCCGCUACUCACUGCGGGAGGAGCCUGCCAAGGACUGGGAGCCGUGUCCGUUGCCACGUGUGCGGGCCCCUACGGCCACCCCUGCCUUCGACAGUGACCCUGACGUCUCCGAUGUGGACGAGGAGGGUCCAGGAAGACCUGCGGACACCGUCUCCCCCGGCAGCCGCUCCGAUGCACAGACCCUGGCCCUGAUGCUGCAGGAGCAGCUUGACGCCAUCGACGAGGAGAUCAGGAUGAUCCAGGAGGAGAAGGAGUCCACACAGCUCCGAGCCGAGGAGCUUGAGACCCGAGUGACCAGCGGCAGCAUGGAGGCCCUCGACCUGCCCCAGCUGCACAGGCGUGGCGCCAUCCCCACCUCUCUGACAGCCCUGUCCCUGGCCAGCGGAUCCCCUGCAGUCGUCAGCCGAGCCACACCUACGGGAACCUCUCGCAGUGCUGCCCAAGACCUGGACCGAAUGGGGGUCAUGACCUUGCCCAGCGACUUGAGGAAGCACAGGAGGAAGCUGCAGCCACCAGUGUCUCGGGAACAGAACCGAGAGGAUAAAGCCACCAUAAAAUGUGAGACUUCUCCUCCUUCCUCACCCAGGACGCUGCGGCUCGAGAAGCUCGGCCACCCAGCCCUGAGCCAGGAGGAAGGCAAGAGUGCUGCGGAGGACCCAGGAAGCAACCCCAGCAGCAGCAACAGCAGCCAGGACUCCUUGCACAAAGGCGCCAAGCGCAAAGGCAUCAAGUCAUCCAUCGGCCGCCUGUUUGGGAAGAAGGAGAAGGGCCGGCUGACCCAGCUGAGCCGGGACGGAGCCACGGGCCAUGGUCCCCUAACAGACUCCGAGCUUGGGCUGCAGGAGUCCCUGGUGCCUGCCAAGCUGGGCACCCAGGCAGAGAAGGACCGGCGGCUGAAGAAGAAGCACCAGCUGCUUGAAGACGCCCGAAGGAAAGGGACGCCCUUCGCCCAGUGGGACGGCCCCACGGUGGUCUCCUGGCUGGAGCUCUGGGUAGGCAUGCCGGCCUGGUACGUGGCGGCCUGCCGGGCCAAUGUCAAGAGCGGCGCCAUCAUGUCUGCGCUGUCGGACACGGAGAUUCAGCGGGAGAUCGGCAUCAGCAACGCCCUGCACCGGCUCAAGCUGCGGCUGGCCAUCCAGGAGAUGGUGUCGCUGACCAGCCCCUCGGCCCCGCCCACCUCCAGGACCUCCUCUGGGAAUGUCUGGGUCACCCAUGAAGAGAUGGAAACUCUGGCAACUUCCACUAGAACAGACAGUGAGGAGGGCAGCUGGGCCCAGGUGGUCACGACCCCUGAGCGGCUGCAGGGACCUCUCCAGGCUCUGGACACAGAAACGCUGGCCUACGGGGACAUGAACCACGAGUGGAUCGGGAACCAGUGGCUGCCCAGCCUGGGUCUGCCCCAGUACCGCAGCUACUUCAUGGAGUGCCUGGUGGACGCACGCAUGCUGGACCACCUGACCAAGAAGGACCUGCGGGUGCACCUGAAGAUGGUGGACAGCUUCCACCGAACCAGCCUUCAGUACGGCAUCAUGUGUCUGAAGAGGCUCAACUAUGACCGGAAGGAGCUGGAGAGGAGGCGGGAGGAGAGCCAGCACGAGAUCAAGGAUGUGCUGGUCUGGACCAAUGAGCAGGUGGUUCGCUGGGUGCAGUCGGUCGGGCUGCGGGACUACGCGGGCAACCUGCAGGAGAGUGGCGUGCACGGCGCCCUGCUGGCCCUGGACGAGAACUUCGACCACAGCGCGCUGGCCCUGGCCCUGCAGAUCCCCACGCAGAACACCCAGGCCCGCCAGGUGAUGGAGAGAGAGUUCAGCAACCUGCUGGCCUUGGGCACAGACCGGAGGCUGGAUGACGCGGAGGACAAAGUGUUCCGACGUGCACCCUCCUGGAGGAAGCGCUUCCGGCCGCGGGACCUGCCCAGUGGGGUGCUCGGGGUACCCGCCCUGGGGGCCCUGCAGCCUCCACCAGCACCAGCCAAGAAGGUUGCACCUGAAGCUCACUCCCACUAUCUCUAUGGACACAUGCUCUCCGCCUUCCGGGACUAGCCACGGCCCUAGGGCUCCACCGGCUCAGCCAGCGCUGACCCUCCUGUCCGACCCCUCCUCCCACGGCUCCCAGGCUCCUCCGUGACUCCAGUCGCCCUGGAUCUCCGAGUUGACUCGUCCGUGCCCUCGGCAGCCCGUCCGUGCCCUCGGCAGCCCACUGCCCUGGCGCCGCCCUGUGUCCCAUGUCAGUCUCCCGUGGAUGUGGCAGAUUUCGCCGGAGGCAGAGGACAGCUGCCUGGGCAGGCGUGACUCCACCUCCUUCUGGUCCUGCCCGGCCUGGACUUCGACCUCAAUGGGAUGCCGUGCCGAGGGCUGGGGCAGCCUUGCCGAGGAAACAGCACUUCACACUCGGCCACACUUGGGCUCUUUGGCCCUCUGGUACCUGUCCCCAUCCUGGCUGUGCCCGAUGGCCUGACAUCUGUGGCUUCUACCUCCGGGACCACCUCAGGGGCUUGGGGGCUGUAGGAGGCCUGUCUUCCCAGGAUGGUGAGGCCAGGGGGCAGUCCGCAGGCCUGGCUGCAGCUGAAUCUCAAAUGUGAGUUUGAGAAGAAUCAGAGAUGUGACCCCUGACCUUUGGGCCAAGGGUCAUGGUGGGGAAAAAGCUCUCCACCCCUGAUUCGGUGGGUACAGGCCGGCCAGUGGGAAGAGAGGCAAGGGUCUGCAGUGGUCUCACCCCAGGGCAAGGGGGUGGGGUCUGUGCAUCUCGGGCUAGAACGAGCUCACCCCCAGGCACUGCCAGCUCUGCUCUGCCCCCUACCCCCUGCGGUCCCCUCCGCCCACUCUGCAGUAAUCCCAGCCCCUUAACAGUGGGCCUCUCGGUGCCCUGAAUACACUCUGACCUUGACCUCAGGUUUGGGGAAAAGGAAGGUGGGAAUGACACAGAGCUCCCAUCAGUGAGUCAGGCCCAGGUCCAGGCUUCGGGUGCCGGUGAAGGACUCUGCCCCGCUCACCCCGGAGCCCCCGGCCUCCCCAUCAGACCUUCCUGGGCGGACGUGCAGGGCCUGCCUCCUCUAGAAAUGCCCAACACCUGCCAACUUGCCCCUGUUGCCUCCGUCCGUGUAUUUGCAGAGUCACCAGUGACCCGAGCCCAUGCCCAGCCCCCGAGUCUCGGCCCCUCCUUGGCGUGCCCUGGCUCAGUGCGUGAGAGCAGGGCUGUGCGUGCGUGUGUGUGCCUGGGCGUGUGUACCUGCCAGUAAACAACCUGGUUUUACGACA